AUGAAAUUACCAAGACGUCUAAUCGAUGUAAAGGAUUUUGUUAUUACAGGAAAAGUUCGGUUGGUAGAACCAAGGAGUAUCGAGAGGGUUGAUAUGACAAAAAUAAAGUAUACAACACUGAGCCACUGUUGGGGCCCUAUUGCUUCUAGAGUUGCCCAAACAACAUCGCACAAUUACGAUGAGCACAUGGAUGAAAUCAUUAUUUCCAAGCUUCCUCAAACAUUCCAAGAUGCAAUUAUCCUCACAGGUGGACUCGAUAUGCAAUACAUAUGGAUAGAUUCGCUGUGUAUUUUACAAGAUGAUCCUUCUGAUUGGCAACAACAGUCAGCGAUGAUGGCGGAUAUUUAUGCCGGAUCAUUGUUAAAUAUUUCUGCUAAUCACGGCUCUGACAGUCAUGUGGGACUUUUCCAUAAUCGAUACACAUCCAUGCGUCCAGUUCAAUCGUUGAACGGGCUGAUAAUAUCGCCUUUCGAACGACAACCUCUUGUUUACAAAUCAGGAUCUAUUUGUAAAUGGGAUGGCAGGCCAAUAUACACCCGGCCAUCUUUGAAAAACACUCAUUUGAAUUCUUAUCGUGGGGGAGGUCGCUGGGGCGAGGAUUUGCCGCUAGCACCACUCGAUUCACGCGCAUGGGUUUACCAGGAACGUGCUCUGUCGCCAAGAACUGUGAGCUUUUAUGAAAGCGAACUUAUCUGGGAAUGUAGAAAUGGGCGAUGUUGCGAAUGUAGUAUGAUCGAGAAUCACAUUGCUGAACAUCAUACGACUCGCCAGUUGUCGAUAUACGAUACCAAAUUUAAAUCACAGCAAGCACCCAUCAGGAAUCCUCUUCAACCUGAUGCAAUUUACAAUCAUCUUUGGCUUAGAAAUCAUAUCCUAGACGAUUGGUAUGUUCGCCGCCCUUCAGCUUACAAAGAUCGUCUUCCGGCUAUUUCUGGAAUCGCAAGUCGCAUUGCUGAGCGCUUGCGCUGUCUUUCCUCCUCAGAGAUACCUAAGCAUCGAGCUGGAAUAUGGAGUGAUAGCGGAGUUUUCGCAUCUCUUUGGUCAACAGAUGGAACUUAUAGAGAUUCCAACCCUUAUUGGAUCAAAAGACCUCAAACUUAUGUAGCGCCCACUUGGUCCUGGGCAUCAAUUUCGUUAGAAUAUAAAGUGAGCAAUGAGAACGUUGUACCGUGGCUCAUGUGGAAGACGUCCGACCUGGACUCACGUGAACAGCUACAAGACCCUGUUUUCGCAAUCGGAGAUAUUACCUGUACAGUGGAGGGAGAUAAUCCGUAUGGGGCAGUUUCUUCAGGAAUGCUAAAAGUCCGUGGGAGAUUAAUGCUAGCACGAGACGUUCGCGAAGUUCUUGUUGCCUCAGAUUUAAGCACGGACCACAGAGGUCUUUCUACAAUGUAUUAUUCGAAGGGAGAUCUGGAUGUCGAUGGCUGGCAGCCAGAAUAUGGUUUUGGAGAGACAUAUGGUUUGUUGGUUACUAGACAAGGGUCGCGGAUAGAGUCAGGAGUAGUGUUGAUAUUGCAGAAGGUGCGUGAAAAGAACGGCACCGUUGAUGUCGAUAACACGUUCAGACGUAUCGGCAUCACAUAUAUCGGCACCUAUUGUGGGCGGAAAUGCUGUUGCUUUAAUUUUGAUGAUAUUAGAGAAGCUACAUCUAUUACUAUUAUCUGA